AACAUAUUUCUAAUAAUUACCAAAAAUGGGCUUGUAGUUUUCCCAGUUUAAGGGGUAAUAAUACUUUGAUUAUUCCCAUUCCUAAACCAGGAGCCGACCUUGAUUUUAAAAAUAUUAGCCAGUUCACCAACAAUGCCCCUGAGGAACAGCAACAAGCACUUUGGCAAGAAGUAGCCGAAAAAUUAACCGAGGAAUUGGCAGAAAGUAAUGCCCCUCGCUGGUUAAAUACCGAAGGAACAGGUGUUCCUUAUCUACAUUUUCCCACCGAGAAAUCUGAGAUAAGGCCUUGUGUCGAGAGGUCAAGUGCCCUUACCUAUCUGCCUACUAUAACAAUUAUUAUGACUAGAACAUUAAGUAUUGCCAUUAAAGAAAAUACCUACCAAGAAUUAAAACAGAAAGUCGGACUAGGGAAAAUUAGUUCUUUUGUCAAUCAAGCAGUGGAAAAAGAAUUGUUUGAAUUAGCCCAGGAAGAAAAAAGAGGAAAAGAACAACUAAGGCAGCAACUCAUUAAAGACUACCAAGCCCAAGCCAAAAACAAAAAACUCCAAAAGGAAUUAAAAGCCAUGGAAGAAACUCAAUUUGAAGACUUAAAUAAUGAGCAAAAAAUUAGACAAAAGCAGUAA